UCCGUCCCAGCCUGAAAGAGACCGACAGUAAAGCUGCUUCACACUGACCUCCGAGGAAUGAGGAGGAAGACCAAAAAACAAAAAGACUUCCUAGAUUCGAUCGAGCGACCAGAAUCUGGUUUGAAGUUUGGACCCUUCCACAGCCGAAUGGAGCAGCAGCGGGGUCUCUGUAGCUUCGCCCCGGGGUGCCAGGCUGGGGUCUCCCCCGGUCAGCCCACCAUGCGUUUGUCCAUCACCUCCACCGCCGGCGGCCCGGUGGAGCUCACCGUCCCCCGGGGAGAGAGCGUGGAGGGACUGAGGGCACAAAUCUCCCACAGGCUCCGGCUGCAGACAGACAGGAUCGUCCUCCUGUACAGAGACACGCAGCUGACUGCAGGGCAACUGUUGGACCUGGGGGUGACCGAUGGGAGCAAGCUGACCCUGGUCCCUGCCAUAGAGGCUGGUUUAGUGUGUUCCGCUGCCAGAGGUGAGAGAACUAUGAUGGACGUCUUAGAAAGUUUGACAGAAGUCCAGAUCAGCGACUUUCUGUCUGGCCGCUCCCCUCUGACCGUUAACCUGGGAAUCGGUGCCCACAUGAUGUACGUGCAGCUCCAACUGUCUGCACAGAACGUGGCGGAGCUGCAGCACCACCAGGAUCUGAGAGCUGGCGCCAGCGGCGACCUUCAGGCCGGCCUGCCCACCGGCGCCAGGAUGAGCCAACCCGACUUCUCCAACAAAACCGCAGGAUCCACUUCCCAAACCUCUACCCGGGUCCCAGACUCCUCCGACUCAACAUCCUCGAACAAAUUGAGAGCUGAAAGACCCAGAACUCCCGCCCUUCCUGAUCGGUCCCGUCCUGCUCAAUCCACACCCACGCCACCCCCCGUUAUUUCCACACCUCCUUUGCCUUCUGGUCAACAACCAGCAGCCGCACCAGUCCGCUCACAUGCUCCCACCGGCUCCGCUCCUGGCCCCCGGUGCCCAGCGUCAGCUUCAACCCCCAGAGAGGGUGAUAUUCCCGCCUCAUCCGCCGCAGAGCGGAGCAAGCAGCCAGGAGCAGUCAUAGAGAGUUUUGUGAGCCCCUCACCAGGCGUCUUGUCCGGGACUUUUACUGGCACUUUGGCGCCGUGCGGUCAGAGAGGCUUCAGCCAUCCUCGGCGAGGCAUCGGCAUCAUACUCCAGAUCUUCAACGACCUAAUCAGAGCAGCCUACAACCACCAGGGGUCUCAGCCUGUCCCUCCUCGUAAUCCCGACGGUCCUGAUUCAAACCCUCCAGGCGGCGUGCUGCUCCCAGCGGCGGAGGGGACGAGACAAGCGGAGGGCCAAACACCGGCCACCCAGAAGGCAAAGCUCCUCCGUCAAACUCAAGGUGAGGAGAGUCAGCUGACCGGCGCACCCACGCAGGAAAAUCAAACAUUACACUAUAAGCUAGAGCGCCUGCAGCUUUUGAUGAACCAGAGGCGUCUUCGUAGGCAAACCAGGAGGUACUUGCAAACGUCUCGGCCGUACCGGCACCAUCAACAUCGUCUCUAGUCUCCUUCACGGGAGAGAUCCACUCACUGUGAAAGAAGGGGCUGCUUUCUGCUCAGCAACCAAAGCUGACCUCUGAUCUCGUGGAACAGGUGAAAGAGAAGCAGCGUAAACUCAAAUGCCUUGGUGCUAUUUUGACAUGAAAGAAUUUCUGAAGAAUGUAAACCGAAAAGUCCCAAAGAGUCUGAUUCCUGUGGCUCUCACUGUGCCGAGCAUGUUAUUUAAUUUACAAUGACUCACAUUGUUAUGUAGCAUAUGCCAUAAAAAGGUUCCAACGUGUAUUUUCAUGUUAUACUGUACGUCUUGGUGUAUUGUUCAAUGACCUUUUACUGUUUGUUUGUUUGUUUAAGUACUUCAAUGCCUUAAAUGUACAUGUUUGAAUGUAAACUAUGUAAUGUUCUGUGCUUAGGAUGUCCCUAUGACAUGUUACAAUAUUACUAAUAUAUUCACAAGUCGAGCAAAUAAAGAAUAAAGGAAACAUUUUAAAAACA